UCCAACUUACAGCAAAUCUUCUAAAACCCUUCCUUGCCUCCAGUUUCUGUUUCAGCAGCGAAGCAAAAGCCCUCUAGCAUGUUCAGCUGCAAAAGCUUAUUGUCCAAAAGGACCAAAACCAUAAAGAAAAAGAAGAAAAACAAGAGCAAGAACAAGAUCAGAAGCAAAAAUGUUCCCGGAAAACAAAACCCCAUUUGCGAAAAAUACCAAGAAGAAGAAGAAGAAGAGAUAGAGGAAGAAGAAGAUAGUGAUGAAGUUGAAAAAGGCUUCAAUCUUAAAGCCUCUGCUCCAUCUCACACACAUGGAGUCCAGCCACUGGGCAAUCUCUACCUCAACCCAGGUUCUGUCAACUCAAGAAACACUGGCUUAGGUAAUCUCCAAACCCUAACAGAUGAGCUUGUUCUUGAGAUUCUGGCCUUUUUAGCUGGGACCCACUUGGGGGUUUUGGCAACUGUGAGCAAAUCAUUUUAUAUCUUUGCAAAUCAUGAGCCCCUUUGGAGGAACCUUGUGUUGGAAAAUCUCAGUGAUAGGCUUCUGUAUAAUGGCUCUUGGAAAUCUACUUACAUUGCUGCUCAUUACCCUUCAUUUGAUGUGUCGAAUAUCAGUGUUUCCGGUUUGACAGUGAGAGACUUUUAUUCUGACUAUCUCUUCCAGAGUUGGCUCUGUGCCAAUCUUGAAAUGAAACCCGAAUGGCUUGAGAGAGAUAAUAUAAUCCGAAGAAGGGGCAUUUCAGUUGAGGAUUUCAUUUCCGAUUUUGAGGAACCGAAUAAGCCUGUGCUGUUGGAAGGGUGUAUGGACAAUUGGGUUGCAUCAGAGAAAUGGGAUAGAGAUUAUUUGGUUCAACUGUGUGGUGAUGUACAAUUUGCAGCUGGGCCGGUGGACAUGAAGCUUGAGGACUAUUUUAGAUAUGCUGAUCAGGUGAGGGAAGAGAGGCCAUUGUACCUUUUUGACCCAAAAUUUGGAGAAAAAGUUGCAAGAUUGGGUUCGGAGUAUGAAGUUCCUGUGUAUUUUAGGGAGGACUUGUUUAGUGUUUUGGGUAAUGAGAGGCCAGAUUAUAGAUGGAUUAUAAUUGGACCAGCCGGGUCAGGUUCCUCGUUCCACAUUGAUCCUAAUUCAACAUCAGCUUGGAAUGCAGUGAUCAAGGGAUCAAAGAAAUGGGUAUUGUUUCCUCCUGAUGUUGUUCCUCCGGGGGUGCAUCCCAGUCCAGAUGGUGCUGAGGUGGCAUGCCCUGUUUCAAUAAUUGAAUGGUUCAUGAACUUUUAUGGUGCAACAAAGACUUGGAAAAGGAAACCUAUCGAGUGCAUUUGUAAAGCUGGGGAGGUGAUUUUUGUACCUAAUGGAUGGUGGCAUUUGGUGAUCAACUUGGAAGAAUCAAUUGCCAUUACACAGAAUUACGCUAGCAGGAGUAAUUUGUUGAAUGUCUUGGAUUUUCUUAAGAGGCCAAAUGCCAGCACUCUGGUGUCUGGAACGAGAGAUCGGGUGAACUUGUAUGAGAAGUUUAGAAAUGCUAUUGAGGCUUCUUUACCUGGAACUAUUGAUCAUUUGUUGCAAAAAGCAGAAGAGAAGAAGGCCCAACAGAGUAAACCCUCCUUCUGGGAUACAGUUACAGAUUCAAAGGCUGGUGCAUUCAAGUUCUCUUUCUAGAGGAAGACGACCACAAGACACUGAGCAAACUGGAACUAGUACUUCAGCAUGGGGAUUCUUCAGAAAAAUGAGAGAACAAUUUUGACAUUAUUUGAUCAAUUUCAAAUUGUUGUACUUCAAUUAUUUUUCUUUACCAUAUUAAUGUCAUUGCAGUCCCUUUGGAAGUUU